AUGUCAACCUCACGGAAACGCGUCCACUCCCUCGAGCCCACAGGAGCCCUUGAAGCUACUAGCGAUGUCGAGCUACAGCGCUUGCAUGGAGCGGUGUCACGUCCCUUUGCAGGACGUAUUGGUGGUAACCAACAGUUCACUGUCUCUCGUGACGAUGCUCAAUUCGAAUCCAUAACCAGAAAGGCACCCGAUGCGACUGCACAUUUCUCGUGGCACGCAAGUAUCGAUCCACAGGGUUUCUCUGACCCGGAAUUAUGGAAAGAAGCAACCAUUGAAGGCGUUGGGACUGGUCUUCAGAUUUUCGUUUCUGGUCUUUACUCUCUGGGGCUGUCCUCCGCUAUUACAGAAACGUCUCUAGGCCCUUUGGUGCCUGCAGUUCUCGGAGCCAUUGCAAACACAGUCCUCAUAUCGCUUUUCAUUUUUGCCGGAGGGCCUGUUUCUGGUGGGCAUUUCAACCCUUUCAUCACUAUAUCAACGUUCUUUGGGAGGCUAGCAACCCUACCACGUACAAUCUUGUACGUUGGUUUUCAAUGUACCGGAGCUGUUAUCGGGGGUUUCCUGAUGCGCGCGGCUCUCGGUCUGCCAGCAGCCGCUCUCGAAAAGAUACCAGGAUGUUACGUUGACACUUCGCUGGUCAACGCGGGGCAAGCAUACACGUUCGAGUUCAUGACUGCUUUCGCUUUGAUAUUUGUAGCCUUUGGGGUCGGCCUCGAUCCGCGGCAACGUGUAGUCUUUGGUCCUGCUCUAUCGCCAAUUCUGGUUGGAAUCGCUCUAGGGCUUUUCACCUUUUCUACUGGGUUUGUCACAUCAGGCUACUCAGGUGCUUCGCUGAAUCCAGCCCGGUGUCUUGGUCUCAUGGCCGCAGCAGAGCGUUUUGACUACCAUUACGUGCAUUGGCUCGGAGACAUAACUGCGGCCAUUUUGAACGGAAUAAUGUACUGGUUCAUUCCAAUCUAUAAGGACUAA